GCAGCGCCUGGCGGGCCGGCGCCAUUUCGUCCCCCGCGCUGCCGUCGGCGUCGUCCUCCUCCCCUUCGCCUCAAGCCGGGAGCGGCUCCGGCGGGGAAGCCUUCCCCGCCACGACCAGGCAGCGUCAUGCCGGCCGGACCCGUGCAAGCCAUGCCGCCGGCGCAGCCAGCGCCUCCCGCCGAGAACAAGCCGGCUGAAGAGGAGUCAAAAGAGGAGGCAGCCCCAGCCAAGCCUGUGGUGGGAAUCAUUUACCCUCCUCCAGAGGUCAGGAAUAUCGUGGACAAGACUGCCAGCUUCGUGGCCAGAAAUGGUCCUGAGUUUGAGGCUCGGAUCCGACAGAAUGAGAUCAACAACCCCAAGUUCAACUUCCUCAACCCCACCGACCCCUACCACGCCUACUACCGCCACAAAGUCAGCGAGUUCAAGGAGGGCAAAGCUCAGGAGCCCUCAGCUGCCAUCCCCAAGGUCAUGCAACAGCAGCAAAGUGCUCAGCAGCAGCUGCCACAGAAGGUGCAGGCCCAGGUGAUCCAGGAGACAGUGGUUCCCAAAGAGCCACCUCCAGAGUUCGAGUUCAUCGCUGACCCUCCCUCCAUCUCGGCCUUCGACCUGGACGUGGUGAAGCUGACGGCGCAGUUCGUGGCGCGCAACGGGAGGCAGUUCCUGACCCAGCUGAUGCAGAAGGAGCAGAGGAACUACCAGUUCGACUUCCUGCGCCCCCAGCACAGCCUCUUCAACUACUUCACCAAGCUGGUUGAGCAGUACACAAAGAUCUUGAUCCCUCCAAAGGGUUUGCUCCUCAAGCUCAAGAAAGAGGCUGAAAAUCCCAAGGAAGUCCUGGACCAGGUGUACUACAGGGUGGAGUGGGCGAAGUUCCAGGAGCGAGAGCGGAAGAAGGAGGAGGAGGAGAAGGAGAAGGAGCGUGUGGCCUACGCCCAGAUCGACUGGCACGACUUCGUGGUGGUGGAGACUGUUGACUUCCAGCCCAAUGAGCAAGGGAAUUUCCCCCCUCCCACCACCCCAGAAGAGCUGGGAGCUCGCAUCCUGAUCCAGGAGCGCUACGAGAAGUUUGGGGAGAGUGAGGAGGUGGAAAUGGAGGUGGAGUCAGAUGAGGAAGAUGAGAAGCAAGAGAAAACAGAUGAGCCCCCAGCCCAGCUGGAUCAAGACACUCAAGUGCAGGAUAUGGAUGAGGGCUCGGAUGACGAAGACGAAGGUCAGAAGGUUCCUCCUCCUCCAGAAACCCCAAUGCCACCACCUCUUCCUCCCACCCCAGACCAGGUCAUUGUGAGGAAAGACUACGAUCCCAAAGCCUCCAAGCCGCUGCCACCAGCCCCAGCCCCAGAUGAGUAUCUGGUGUCCCCCAUCACUGGGGAGAAGAUCCCUGCCAGCAAGAUGCAGGAGCACAUGAGGAUCGGGCUGCUGGACCCGCGCUGGCUGGAGCAGCGCGACCGCUCCAUCCGCGAGAAGCAGAGCGACGACGAAGUCUACGCCCCAGGGCUGGACAUUGAGAGCAGCCUGAAGCAGCUGGCAGAGCGCCGUACUGACAUCUUCGGUGUGGAGGAGACUGCCAUUGGCAAAAAGAUUGGAGAGGAGGAGAUCCAGAAGCCAGAGGAGAAGGUGACCUGGGAUGGCCACUCGGGCAGCAUGGCCCGCACGCAGCAGGCUGCUCAGGCCAAUAUUACUCUGCAAGAGCAAAUUGAAGCCAUCCACAAGGCCAAGGGACUGGUGCCAGAAGAUGACAGCAAGGAGAAGAUUGGUCCCAGCAAACCCAAUGAAAUGCCACAGCCACCCCCUCCUUCAUCAGCAUCAAAUCCCCCAGCCAGUGCUCAGCCCAUCACGUCCGUUCCUCGUCCUCCCACAAUGCCGCCCCCGGUGCGCGCCGCCGUGGUCUCGGCGGUGCCGGUGAUGCCUCGCCCGCCCAUGACCUCGGUGGUGCGCCUGCCCCCCGGCUCGGUGAUCGCCGCCCCCAUGCCGCCCAUCAUCCACACCCCGCGCAUCAACGUGGUGCCCAUGCCGCCCUCCGCGCCGCCCAUCAUGAGCCCGCGCCCGCCCCCCAUGAUCGUGCCCACAGCCUUCGUUCCUGCCCCUCCUGUGGCUCCCGUGCCCUCUCCGGCCCCCAUGCCGCCCGUUCACCCCCCGCCCCCCAUGGAGGAGGAGCCAGUCUCCAAGAAGCUGAAGAGUGAGGACAGCCUGAUCCCAGAGGAGGAGUUCCUGCGCAGGAACAAGGGUCCAGUCACGGUCAAAGUCCAGGUUCCCAACAUGCAGGACAAGACAGAAUGGAAGCUGAAUGGCCAAGUGUUGGUGUUCACUCUGCCUCUCUCAGACCAGGUGUCUGUUAUAAAGGUUAAGAUCCACGAGGCCACAGGCAUGCCAGCUGGGAAGCAGAAGCUGCAGUAUGAGGGCAUCUUCAUCAAGGACUCAAACUCCCUGGCAUAUUACAACAUGUCAAGUGGCUCUCUGAUCCACCUGGCACUCAAGGAAAGAGGAGGCAGGAAGAAAUAAGAGCCAUGGAGCCCAGAGAAGUGUUGUGGCCAGGAUGCCACUUGUGUAAUCUCCCCCUCCCCACCAUCAAAUCCUCUGGCCUUCCAGGGGCUGCUUGAAAAGAGAGACUGGACCCCAUGUGGGGGAGAGAGAAGCUGUUGCUAGAGCCCUGAGAUGUGUCAGUGUAGUGACCUGGUGUGUAACUGCAGCAUGUUAGUGAUCCAUGCUUUGCUCCAGCGCUGGCUCUCCACUCAAUUCCCUCUUGCAGCACCCACUGAAGUAAUUCCCAGCUUAGCUUAGACCUUUCUUGGAGGGAUUUCCACUGCCCAGCAGCAUCAGCUCUCUGCAGUGCUUCGUGCUUCUAACUGGAAAUC